AUGCCCAUGUUCGGCGCGCAGAGACACAGCCCUGGCGAUGCAGGCGGAGAGGGAGGGGAGUCUGCCUGGAGCCCCCGGCCCCCAGCAUCCCCACGCUGCCUGAGGGUCCCCCCGGACAUGCAGCCCCCCUGCAGCCGGCCCCUGGAGGGCCUGGGCCCGCGGGGGCCCGCCCAGCUCAGCGCACCCUUCCCCCGGCCCUCCUCCCUGGGGGGGGCCGUCUACAGCACCGUGCAUCAGCAGGACUACUCCUCUGGGGUGUGGCUGCGCAGGAGAGACAAGCUGGAGCACUCCCAGCAGAAGUGCAUUGUGGUCUUUGCGCUGGUGUGCUGCUUCGCUGUGCUGGUGGCGCUGAUCUUCUCCGCCGUGGACGUGUGGGGAGACACCGAGGAUGGCAUCACAGAGGAGAACUGCAGCAGAGCCUGCCGGGCAGUUCUGGUGGAGAACAUUCCGGAAGACGUGGUGUUUUCUGACAACGGCACGGGCAGCAUCCCCCUGGUGGCAGGCCUGCACGCCCUAUUGGACCGGGCCGGCCGGUCCGUGGAGAUCGUCUCUCCUGAUUGGGCCCUGAACGCCACUGAUGAGUCCAGCCCUUCCGCAGACAAACAGGGCCAGCUCCUGCUCCAGCGGCUCCUCAGGCUGAAGUCUCGGCAGGUGGAUCUGAGGGUGGCCAGCGGCCUGCUGGAGUCAGCUGACCUGAGGGCCCUGUCUGAGAGCGGUGCGGAGGUGCGGUACCUGAACAUGACAGCUCUGACCAGAGGCCAGUUCCACUCCUCCUUCUGGGUGGUGGACAGGAAGCACAUGUACAUCGGGAGCGGGGGCAUGGACUGGCGCUCACUGUCCAAGAUGAAGGAGCUGGGUGUGAUCAUCUAUGACUGCAGCUGCCUGGUUCUGGACCUGGACCGGAUCUUCUCCCUGUACUCACAGCUGGAGUUCAAGGACUACAUCCCCUCCAUCUGGUCCAGGAGGGUGACGGGCCUCUUCAACAAGGACAACGCUCUCUCCCUGAACCUCAACGACAGCAACGCACGCGCCUUCCUGUCUAGCUCUCCAGACCUCUUCUGCCCUAAAGACCGGACGCGGGACAUCGAUGCUGUUCAUCGCGUGAUCCUGGAGGCGCGGAGGUUCAUAUACGUCUCCAUCACAGACUACCUGCCCCUGGUCCGCAGGGGGGCCCGCAGGUACUGGUCUCUGAUCGACGAGAUGCUGCGGGAGGCGCUGAUCCUGAGGGGCAUUAAAGUGCGGCUGAUGAUCAGCUGCUGGCGGCACACCAACCCUCUCACCUUCAACUUCCUCUGGUCUCUCAAGACCCUCUGCAUGGAGCUGCCCAACUGCACCCUGGAGGUGAAAUUCUUCAGCCCCAGAGAGUUCAGGAACGGCACUGUACAGGGAAUCAACCACAACAAGUACAUGGUGACAGACAGCGCAGUGUAUAUCGGGAACUUUGAUUGGGUGGGAGACGAGUUUGCCUACAACGCGGGGGCGGGGCUUGUGGUGAGCCAGGAGCAGGGGUUGGACGGGCGGGUCGUGGGCCUCGUGGGGCAGGUGAAGGCCGCAUUCGAGCGAGACUGGUACUCCCGCUACACCAAGAGCCUCCAGGCCAACAAGGUCCCGGACUGCAGCAAGAGCCGCGUUGGCCUCCCGCCCCCCCUCAAAGCCCCACCGGAGAGCCGCGAGACCUCCAACGCCUCCCUCUGA